GACCCGGAAGAGUAACUGUGUCACCGGAAUUUUUCCUUUUCCUUUUCCGCUCAGGUUUCGGCCGUGUUGAGAGCGUGGAUUUCAUCAUCUGGGUUCACAGAAUCGCCCAAAAUGAGCGUCCCGGCAUUUAUUGACAUUACGGAGGAAGACCAGGCGUCGGAGCUGCGGGCCUACAUCAAGUCCAAAGGAGCAGAAAUCUCAGAAGAAAACUCUGAAGGUGGACUUCAUGUGGAUUUGGCUCAGAUCAUUGAGGCAUGUGACGUGUGCCUCAAGGAUGAUGAUAAAGAUGUGGAAAGUGUGAUGAACAGUGUUGUGUCACUGUUGUUGAUCCUGGAGCCAGAAAAGCAGGAGGCACUAAUUGAAAGUCUUUGUGAGAAGCUGGUGAAGUUCCGUGAAGGAGAGAGACCCUCCCUCCGCAUGCAGCUGCUAAGCAAUCUCUUCCAUGGUAUGGAUGAAAACACACCGCUGAGGUACACUGUCUUCUGUAGCCUCAUCAAGGUGGCAGCCACAUGUAAUGCCAUCUCCUUUAUCCCCACUGACCUGGAUCAGGUGCGUAAAUGGAUUAUUGACUGGAAUCUGAACACAGAGAAAAAACACACACUAUUAAGGCUUGUGUAUGAAGCUCUGGUUGACUGCAAAAAGAGUGAGCCAGCAGCAAAGGUAAUGGUUGAGUUGCUGGGAAGUUACACAGAAGACAAUGCUUCACAAGCACGGGUUGAUGCACACAGAUGCAUUGUUCGUGCUCUCAAAGACCCCAACACCUUUCUGUUUGACCACCUGCUCACUCUGAAGCCUGUUCGCUUCCUGGAGGGAGAACACAUCCAUGAUCUGUUAACCAUCUUUGUGAGUGCAAAGUUAGCGGUGUAUGUGAAGUUCUGCCAGAGUAACAAAGACUUUAUUGAUUCUUUGGGACUGUCACACGAGCAAAACAUGGCCAAGAUGCGUCUGCUGACAUUCAUGGGCAUGGCUUCAGAAUUCAAGGAAAUCUCCUUCGACACCAUGCAGCAGGAGCUGCAGAUUGGAGCAGAAGACGUCGAGGCAUUCAUCAUUGAUGCUGUUCGGACCAAGAUGGUUUACUGCAAAAUUGACCAGACACAGCGAAAAGUUGUUGUGAGCCACAGCACACAUCGCACCUUUGGCAAGCAGCAGUGGCAGCAGCUGCACGACAGCCUCAGCUCCUGGAAAGCAAACCUUGCAGCCGUCAAGACCAGUCUGCAAGCUCUGUCGCCCUCUGCCUGAUCCCAGCUCAAACCUCGACUGUCUAGACCGGCUGACACGCUCCUCUCUUUCCACAUCCCAGAUUUCCAGACUGAACUGAUCAGUUUUUAUAUCCCUUCAAUUAAAGAACAGUGGAGACCAUA